AAUAGGAAGCAAACCGGGACUGGAAGGCGGUUGCUAGGAGCAGAGGGGUUGCAGUUGCCGGCUAGUCGGGCGAAUAGAGAGGGGUAGAUUGUGCCACGUGCCUAUUUCCCGGCAGCGGAUCUGUUACUCGAGUCUGAAAGAAAGAAGAUGUUUCCUCUCGCCCUUCUUGCUGUGACCGGGAUUCUGGCUCUACUGCCAGGCGAUGCUGGAGCUCUGAAAGCAGGAGAAUGCGAGGUGUGCGUUUCAUUCCUGAGCCGGUUUUACCAGUCCCUUAAAGAACGGCAAGUAGAGUUCAAGCCUGACGCUGUGGAGAAGGAACUGCUGAAGACCUGCAAUGAUGCCAGAGGAAAAGAGAACAGGCUGUGUUACUAUAUUGGUGCCACCAGCGAUGCCGCCACCAAAAUCACAAACGAGGUGUCAAAACCACUAAGUCACCACAUCCCCGCUGAGAAGAUAUGUGAGAAGCUAAAGAAGAAAGAUGGACAGAUCUGUGAGCUGAAGUAUGAUAAACAGAUUGACCUGAGCACAGUGGACCUAAAAAAGCUCAAAGUGAAGGAACUGAAAAAGAUUUUAGAUGACUGGGGCGAGUCCUGCAAGGGCUGUGCUGAGAAAUCGGACUUUAUCCGCAAGAUUAAUGAACUGAUGCCUAAAUAUGCUCCCAAUGCAGCCAAUGCACGGACAGACCUUUAAAGCACUAUCCUGUGGAUCUAGUGCAAGAACUGAUCCUCUAAACUAUAGACCCAGCCAGCAGACGUUCCUCUUAUACGGUUAUUCUUUUACUUUUUAUGGAACGGAUUUCUUUUCCCACUUUAGUUUUAUUUUCCUUUUUUUGUAACAGCCUGAAGACUUCCAAACACCCUCCCUCCCUGUAUUGCAGGACUAUGAACCCUGCAGCCAGGAGGGAUACUUUUGUUUAAUACAUUUGCUUGUAACUUAUUGUUUUUUUCUCUGCGCUGUCGGACAGUUUUGCAGUAUAGGGAAUUUUUAUUACCUCCAAGUUUCCUUGGGUUCUUGUCGAGUGGCCUUUUUUUCUAUGAAAAUAAAAGGAUCCACUCUGCUUCUUGCUGUAGUGAAAAAAAAAAUGGAAUGAAGACACGAACUGCAUAACGGUUACCCACUCUGCUUCAUAUCAUGCACAUGCAGCUGGAUGAGCGAGAACGCAGUCAGGCGAAGGGGAGUGUCUUUUGUAGACAUCCCAUUGUGCCAAGCACACGGUUGGAAGCGUCACUGGCAUAGAGCAGUAUUUUAACCCAAGGGGAACCACUCAGAGUUAUUUUGCUUUAGACACCGGCACUAAACCUCUAUGGCACCCCCCAGCCACUGGAAUGUUAAAAAAAAAAAAAUGUUGCACCUGUCUUGCUCUUGGAAUUAAAUAGUUAUGUUUCUA